UUACGUUUUUCCUUAUAGAUGUCGAUGAGUGUGUAUCUCAGCCUUGUCAGAACAACGGAUCUUGUAUUGAUUUGAUCAAUGGUUACCAAUGUAACUGUACUAAUAUGUUUAAUGGAAUGACUUGCACAGAUGACGUCGAUCUGUGCGCUUCCUCCCCAUGUAAAAACAACGGAACCUGUACUAAUUUGAUCAAUAGUUUCCAGUGUCAAUGCCCUUUGGAAUUUAAUGGAACUACCUGCUCCAUGGAGUCACUUUUAACGAAAUUCACAAUGGAAUUGAAAAUUGACGUAACAAUAUCAGAAGAUUUGUCUUCAAGCACUGGUUAUAACACCGUUAAAAGUAAAGUACAUAUUGCCUUAACAGACAUUUAUUCUACGAUACCAGGAUCAACAGUCGUUAUAAACAGCAUAAGGAAGGGAAGUCUUAUUGUUGACUUUGAUCUCAUUAUUCCGGAUGAUCCUGUAUCCAAGGUUCAGGUCGUGGACACUGUAUAUAAGCUUGUGAACGGUCUAGCCUUUGUCAACUACUCCGGCGAGGUCGUCAACGUAACAUCAGCAUCGUUCAAUUCGUCUGCUGGCACCGUUAUCAUCACUAACUCCACUGACGGGUGUUCCAUUAUGAAUUCCAUGAAUGUGUGUUUACCUGAAUACAGGUGUCAUGAGUUUAACAACUACACGGUGGCCUGCAUUCCAAUUAUAAGUAAGUAAUAUAAAAUUAAAUCAUUUAAUUAAUGAAACCAGUGAAUUCCUCUACUUACAUAAUUAUACAAAUGUGCAUAAAAUAUUUUUAAAGUGUCUGACUUUUUAUUUAUUAUGAAGUAUACUAAAAAAUAAUGAAUCUUUUUACAACAUGAAGUUGUUUAUCUUGUAAAGAAAAUUUGUUGCAGUUAGUACAAAAUACCUAUAUUUCUUAAUGACAUACAUGUAUUUAAUUUUAAUGUUGAAUUUUUCAGUUCUUGUAUUUAAUCUCAUGAGUAAAAGUUGAAUGAAUGUGAUGAGCUUUAUAUGUGUUUCUAUGAUGUUUGAGCUUUGCGUGUUUAAUACUUACAUUUCAAAUUUGCUUUCAUUUUAUAUGUUCUAAUUUCAUAAUUUAGUAAUUAUCAAUUAACACUCAAGAAAUUGCAUGUUUCUUUUAUACCAUAACGAGACUAUUGCUUUAUUUUCUUUUUGCAGAUUGUAUGAACUUUAAAGUUUGUAUAAACCAUUAUUUAUUUAUGAACAUACAUGUCACUGUUUAGUUUAAAACUUUACUUUUUAAAAAUCAAAUCAAAUAGGAAUAAAAUAUAACGACAUUCUUCUAAAUAUUUCUUUUCUAUAAUUUCAGAUAGGGGGCAAUCCUAAUGCUGCACUGUGAUCUAGGAUUCAGAUAUAAUAUACAUGUAUUUGAUGUUUUUAUUAUUUAUAUUUUAAAGUAGUGUACAAUUCUAUGUAUUUUAAACUCAUUUCUUUAUUGAAUUUGUUAAUGACACUUGUUAUUUGUAAUAGAGUAAUAAACUUUACACAGAAAGUCCUCUCUUACUUCGUUUUGCACAGAAAUAUUGGUAUUAUUCAUGUAUAGGUUUUGUCGUACCAGUAAUUAAGAGGGCUGGAUGGCCGUGCCAUUUUUAGAUUAUACUAAUCUUGAGAAAAAGAGCUUUGUAUAAGUUUAUAAUUAUGUAGAUAUUAGGAAACGCUAAAAAUUUUAAAGCCCAAUUAUUUGGAAUUUCUCUUUCCUAGAUGAUAGUUUACGCCCAAU